GGCUUGUCACAUUGGUCGUCAGAUUCACUACGCUGCUGGGCUGGGUCACACGACUAGGACUCGCUAUUCACUUUAUCGACACAAAAUAAGCGUAAAAACACCGCUCUGAAACCGGAUUUCUCCUACAAGUUUCACCGUUCGUCUUGUCAUUGGCAAGUUGACGUUACGGACAUACGGAGUGUAAAUAUUUGGAUAUUGUGGUGUUUUCGAGCUGCCGACGCUUGUGAAACUUUUCCGUGCGUAAACACAACUGAACGACGAAAUGGGGGAGAAUGAACUGCAGAUGGAGAGUACGGAAGAAAUGCAGGAGCCCCACGCUUCAGGCUCGGAUAAAAUCGACUUGUCAUUAGAUGACAUUAUAAAGCUGAAUAAGAAAGAGCAGCAGGCCAACAGAGCUAAAACUAAACGUUCCACUAACAGGAACAACCUCUUAAAGAAACUCAACCAGGUUUCACAGCAGCAGAGGGGACGCAGACGAGGAGCACAACAGUACCAAGGUCCUGGCAGGAUGAGAGGUUUUAGGAGAGGUUUGAGGGGAUCAUCGAGGGGCAUGGGGUCGAGACGGGGUUCAUUAAACAGAGCAACUGCAACGACUGGUGAACAAUUUGAUCAGACCUCAUUCACAUUGAGGGGAACAUUCAGAGGACGAGGAAGAGGCAGAGGAAGAGGAGGCGGUCUGAGCAGGGGUGCAUUGUCAGCAAGAGGACAGCGAGGUGGAAGACCGUUUGUAUUAGACAGAGGAUUUUCUGCCACAAAAAGAGCUGAAAAAUUACAAAAGUAUCAGACAAUAAGUAGUCGAAGAACAGCACCAUCUGGCACAAUGCUCACAGUUUCCCUGCCAAACGCUAAAUCUGCACCUGUCGCUGUGACGACAUCAAAUCAGGCCAGGAGAGGUGGUACAGUGCUAAGGGGCAGAUCGUCUAGAGGAGCUGGUUCUGCUUCACCUAAGGGAAUUCCUCUGCAAUUUAACUACAAAGCAACCACUAACCAGACUACUGUGUCCCUCAAUGACCGUUUCACUGGCCUGUGGAUCAGAGGACGGGGCCGAGAAAGAGGAGCUGUUGGAGGAGAAGAACGAGGCAGAGGAAGAGGAAACUUUGUUAGGGGUGGAAGAGGAAGAGGAAACUUUGUUGGGAGUGGAAGAGGCAGAGGAAGAGGAAACUUUGUUGGGAGUGGAAGAGGCAGAGGAAGAGGAAACUUUGUUGGGAGUGGAAGAGGCAGAGAAAGAGGAAACUUCAUUGGGAGUGAAAGAGGCAGAGGAAGGGAAAACUUUGCCAGGGGUGGAAGAGGCAGAGGAAGAGGAGGAACUGUUGUGUCAGGAAGAGGACAAGGCUUGAUAAGAGGAAGGGGAGGAUUGAGAGGAGCCAGUCGAACAGUAACUCUUGAGUGAUUCAAUUAAAAGCCAUCCAUUUUAAUGAGGUGUUUACUGUUAGUGAGGUCACUAGUUUGGUGCAUCACUAUUUACUGCAAUGAAGAUGCAUUUUUCUGUCAGUGGGGUAUGGAGGAUUAAUUCUGUGUAAUAACAAAAAAAAAUUGUCCUUUUUAAAACAAAAUGUAAAUUAUUUGUUUGUUAUAUGAUGCAGAUUUUUACAUUUCUAUGUUAGGUGUAAGAACGAGAAUCAAAUAGUUUGAAUGAUGAUACCUCAGAGGGUAAUGAAGUGCCUCUUCACAUAAAGUGUGUAAAUAAUGUUUUACAUUCUGACACAAGAGGAGUUCAUCUCAGUAAUAGACAUGAUAGCUUUUACAUUUCACAGAAAAUGUACAUAUGCAAAGAAGUUGUUUACAUUCGAUAUCAUGUCAAUAAACCCAAAACAAUGGACAUUUUUUGACAAAA